CCUGUAUUACUUUGGGGAGGUUAUUAAUAGAGAGAGAGCGAGGGGAGUGUGUCAUGUCAGGAAAGAAGAAGAAACUGCAGCUUCUCCGCUCCGUUACCAAGUCGGAUGCGGCAAACAAGACGUCCAUCCUGGUAGACGCGUCGAAAUACAUCAAGGAGCUCAAGGACAAGGUUGAAGAAGCAACCGCUGCUUCAGCACCUGACAGUAGCAGCUCCGGUUCUGGCAGCGCCGUGGCAGCAACACAGGUGAGCGUCUCAUCAGUGGAUCUGGAUAACAUCAGCAACAGUAGCAGUAGCAGGAGAGGCUUCAGGAUCAACGUGUCGAUGGAAAGGAGCCGACCGGGGUUGCUGGUGUCCGUGCUGGAGGCCUUGGAGGACCUCGGCAUCGACGUCCUGGACGCCGACGUCUCCUUCGGCGAAGACACCGCCUUCCGCCUCGAGGCGCUCGGAUCAGGUGACGGCCAGCAGCAGGCUGCAAGUGGAAGCGUGGAUGCGCAAAAGGUUCGCCAAGCGGUGUUGCAGGCCAUCGGCAAAUGCAUCAACGAUGGCGAUGCAUGAGUAACAGAAGACUCUGAAAGAAACCUGAACAUUCCCAUUGGUCCUUGAAGCGCAAGCGCAAGCUUGGCCAAGGAAUUCAUCAAGUUAAAGCUAGUUUUCUGUCGUUCCUCAGAGCAUGGUUAAUUUCAAAACGAAACACUCUGUGUGUGGAAAUGUUUCGAUCAUCAGUUAUGUGGUCACCUGUGUGUUGCAAAUUGCAAUGGAUGUUUCAGAGUUUCAGA